AUGAUACCAACUGAUUGUUUGAGUAUUUUUGACCAUUUCUAAUUGAUUUAAGACACAGAAUUAUAAGAACUCUAUUAUAGUAUUAAAUGCAGCAUUUAUAAUGCUUAAAAUGAAGCAUUUUAUAAUUCUGAGGACUGUGAUAAUUUGCUUAAUAAAUUCUUAGUGGGAUUAAAUAGUUUAGUGACUAAUUUAUAAGACAUUUAAUCAAUUAUGUAUAUUUUCAAAAGUUUAUUAAAUGCAAAUGGUAGAUUCUCAUAUAAAUAAAUUAUGACAAUGAUGUGGGAAUAAGAGAGGUUUAAUUAAUUCAAGUAAUUUUUAUAAUUGAGUCCUAUUUCUGAUACCUCUAUCACACUUCUAGUAUUCACCAGAAAAAUGAUAAGCAUGGAUUCUGUCAAAUCUUUACGUAGCGAAAUUGUUGACCAAAUCUAUGAAUGGAUCUAUAAUUUAUCACAUUAUUACAUAGAUUGGUUAACCAGAAAUAAUAAUGAUUUUAAUUAAGAAAGAUAACUUGGAGAAAAAAGUGAAAAAAAAAUUUACUAAGUUUAUUAUAGACCUAUAAGAAAAUUACUUAAAUUAUUUGUCAAUUUUAAAUAUAUGAGACAAUGCUUAACAAGUAAAGUCAAAGUCAAAGAAUAAAUCCUACAAUUAAUUUAUAAACUCUUGCAUCUUAUAAAUUUGAACGAUCUUAAUGUUCUCAUUCAUAAAAUGGAACCAUUAUAUAGGGUUUGCGAAUGGCUUGUUGAAUCUGAAUUAACAAAUAACAGAAUGAAUCCAAAUGAUUCACAUUUAAUACUAGAAUUUGCUAAUAAAGCCAUUAGAAUCUAAGAAAAAUAGACUUUCUCUUUGGCAAUUAAAAUAUUUGAAAUUGCUAAAGAAAAACCAGAUAUCUUAAAUAAACAUUAUGUAUUAUUUUAAUAUAUUUAAAUACAUUUAGGUACUUAUUCAAUUCAUUUUGGAGGAUCUAUUAAUAGCUGCCUAUAUAUAUAAUCAAAGAGUCUCUGAAAUCGGGAAAAUCUUAUAUAGUCAUUUGAAAAAGUAACCUAACAUCUUUGACUCUCUUUUUGUUUCCAUUUAACAAAGAGUUUCCUAACAAAAAUCACCUUUUUGGCAACAAUAGUUCAUAUAAAAAGCAUCCAUUUUGAAAUAAUAGCUCUAUUUAAAGCAAGAUCAAUUUAACGAUGCUUUUGUUCAAUUAUAAAUGCUUUACAAUUACCUAUAAUGA